AUGUUUGCGUUAGUCUGUUAUCGAUACAGCAUCUUAGAACUGUUAUUCUGAGAUCGAUUGGUUAUGGCUCCACCCACUGCCUGGGGAAAUUCGCGGUACUUUUCUCAUUGUAGUAAAACACUGCUUAGGAAAUACCAUACUUAUCACUCUCGUGAUUAUUUAAUCCCUUUUCAGGUAUGUGGUGGGUCAUAAACAAUGUGAACACACAAAACGUGACAAUAAAAUUUUGGGAGUUUUUCAGAGGUUGGUAAUGUGACAUUGAGUAUGUUGUACCGACGUUUUGUGGAGGAUAUUUUGCGCUGAAAUAACGCAGCGUCAUCCUGUUAAGCGAGUACUCCACCUAGUGUCGAAAUUGUGAAUAGUAUUGAUGUUUAAAUAAGAUGUGUCUACCGCUCUACUUACCUGUAAACGUAUUGUUUGGAAGUUGUUAUCUUUAUGUAAAUUCAUACUAGUAAAGUACUGCUUAGGAAAUACCAUACUUAUCACUCUCGUGAUUAUUUCAUGCCUUUUCAGGGGUGUAACAACAGCAUAUUGGCGUUAUCAGCUGUGGCCCACAUAACCAAUCGUCAUCGUCAGAAUAGGAAGCAAAAGCAUCAUAGGAAAUUGAGUCCAUAUUUCUCAUAACAGUAGAAAGCAAAAACUUUUGGAUAAAAGAGUGUAGAGAUGCAACUAUCAACUAUUUUCAUUAUAGACUAAUAUGUACAGUAUUUUAUUUUCUGCAUUAAUCAAUUGUUUGUUUUCUCCUGAAAAUGUUUUUUUUUAAAAAGAAAUCAUUCUGAAAAUGAUAUUCUGUACAGCCCUAAUAUGUGCUUGUGCUAUGAGUUAAUAACAGUUUAACUAAUUGGUUUUGUUGUUUCUUUUGUAGGUUGCAGACACCUAGCUAUGCAUUGGAAGUGUAAGUACUGCUUGUUUUCUUCUGAAAAGAGGGCUCAACUAUUCAAGCACUACCGCUUAAAACAUGGAAGCUAUGCCAGAACUACUCCAAUUCCAUGCCUCCACACUGAUUGUCUGUGUUCAUUCAAGUCAUUUAAUGCCCUAAAAGUGCAUCUAACAAGAAAUCACUCCCAUGAAGUACAUGAUGGGCAGAUGAGUGGAGCUGAUGAAAUCCCUGUGAUAUUCCAUUGUCCUCUUUGCAAUUUUGAAGAACCCUGCACAGAACUAACUUUUUUUUCCCAUUUGCGCCAACAUCUUAAAAAUAAGGAAACUGUGAAGUGUCCAUAUGAAAACUGCAUUUUUGAGAGCAAUGUCUACUCAAUAUUUAAUGCUCAUAAAAGCAAAGAGCAUCGGCUUCCCAGUCAGAAGCGGUUGAAGCCUGACAUUGCCUUGCGCAGCACACCUCAGGAUUCAGAUCCAGAUGUGUCACAAGAUGUACAAGAAGUUGAGGAUUUUUCUAGUGAUCCUACAGACCAAGACAAAAAUGAAGAAGAAGCUCAAAUCGAAAAUUUGGAUCACUUACAACAUCAACUUGAGCAUAAUUUAGCCUCACUCUUUCUUAAACUGCAGACAGUCUUGCAUUUAUCUGAUAUGGCAGUACAGGAGGUAAUUCAACAGCUAAAUCAGCUUGUUCUUCUGUCAGAGCCCAUUUUGCAUAAUGCCAUUCAGCAAAUUCUCAAUCAACAUGGUGUCAGUGACAAUUCAGUCGUGAGAAAAAUUAUGAAUGCUGUCAAAGAGAAUAACUUGUUCUUGAAAAUGACUGAUGCUGGCCAGUCACUCUCCACAGCCAGUAAAAGAGCCUCAUAUUUUCAGAGAGAAUUUCCUAUGGUCGUGCCAGUUGAAUACAAGCUUGAAAAAGACUUACAAUCACUCUCUUAUGUGCCAAUUCUGAAAAUGUUACAAAAACUAUUAAACAGAGCUGAUGUUCUAGAUAAAAUUCUCAUACACAAGUGCACCGUUGAUGGAUUCAACACUUACAGAGAUGGCACUCACUAUCGUGGGAAUGAUUUUUUUAAGACUGAGACCUUAAGGAUCGUGCUUGGCCUUUACAUUGAUGAGUUUGAGAUAGCCAAUCCUCUGGGCACUUCCAAAAAGAAACACAAACUGUGUGGUAUUUAUUGGGUUCUUGCCAAUCUUCCCUCAAAACAUCGCUCCUGUCUCCACUCCAUUCAGCUAGCAAUAUUAUGCAGAGCAAGUGCAAUCAAACAGCAUGGCUAUGCAGCUGUCCUUCACCCACUUCUUCAAGACCUGGUGACUCUUGAAAAACAUGGUGUCUAUGUUGAGCAGUCAGGCGAGUGUUUGAAGGGAACUGUGCUCUAUGUGUCAGCCGAUAACCUGGGUGCUCAUUCUUUUGCUGGCUUUCAGGAGAGUUUCACGGUGGAGCACCCCUGUCGAUUUUGCAUGGUAAAGAGGAGUGACAUCCAGCAGAGAGAGGUCCGAUCAGGAGCAUUUGAGUGCAGAACCAGCCAGGAUCAUGACAGCCUCUGUAGAAUCACAACCAACAAUGGAGAUGAGGACUACACUAAGGAUAAUUGUCCAUGACAAUGACAUCAGGAAAAUUACACUCUUUGGGAAACCACAGACACUUGACUCACUUGUUGAACAGCUUGAGGAGAAGCUGGGACUUCAGUACAAAUUCUCCCUGCAGUAUGAGGAUCCUGAUUUUCAUAAUGCCCUCGUCAACCUCACUGACAUUACAGACCUGCCUGACAAACCCACCCUAAAGGUAAUUGCUCUGGUUCCAACUCCCACACCAAGCACAGCCAGCACAGAUGACACUGAGCUCCUCUCUGUUUCCUCCCCUGAAAGUCGGUCAUCUCUUGCUCGGUCUCCAUGGCCAGACACCUUUGAAAUUCCUUAUUUUCCUGUGGACAUCGAAUACAGACUACGGCAGGGGAAUCUUCUGUAUAUGAGAGACAAGACAUACCUGCAAGUACCCAGGGACAUGAAGCACGAGAUACUUGAAAAACUUGCAGAGGCAAUUUACAGCUUCAAGGCAUAUCCCUGCGAUGAAGAAUUCAAUGAUGUUGCAACUGCACUGAUUCAAAAACAUCCAUGCCUCAUUGAGCCAGGCCCUGUCAAUGGAUGUAACGGCUGGAAAAAUAGCUUAAAAUUCAAAAUGGGAAACUAUCGCACCAAACUGCGUCAAGCUGGCUGUACAGAUGUGGCCGUAAAUCAAGGGAAGAGAAAAGGCCAAGCUCCGCAGAGAAGCAUCAAAAGACCCAAACGAUUUGAAAUCAAUUUCCUACCCAAUUUCCCUGAUGGUGAAGAUGAGACCAGUAUGGAGUCCAAACGAAAGGAACUUGUAGAGGAGAUGAAGAAACGUCAUCCAACUGCUGCUCUGAUAACCAAAAACAUGGACUCUACUUUUGCCUUGAGAAGACAAGAGUUGGUGAACCUGGAGCCUCCAGUGAAAGACACAAUGGAAAGGUGGCCAGCACUCUUUACAGAGGCUCAGAUUUGGGCAGAGUUCUGUCGCUUGUCAAGCAAAAACUUGAACACAGAAUUCUUCAAAGAACUUGACAAAUACACUCCUCGCUUCUUGGAGAUUUUCAAGACCAAGGGGGGAAGUGUUGGCCAGAAACUUCAGAAGUAUCUGCAACAAGUCACAACAGAGAGUACAGAUGUUACUGCGAAGAGAACAGCAGUCCUCCGUGGCCUUCCUGUCAUCCUUGGAGAUGAAAACACAGACUUUUUCAAGACAUGCUUUGACAGCGAUGACCCAGGCAUGUCUCACAUCCCCAUUGGAAUCAUGACCAUCGUUCCUGAGGACAAACCGAUGUCCCUCGACUCACUGCACCUUCAGUCUUCAGGUACCGCAAUCAUUUUGGAAGGAAGAAUUGUGAUGGAUGGCCUUGAAAAUCUACCACAUGCAAUGUGCUUGCUCUUUGGACUUACUUACGCCCUGAAUUUGGAGUACCCUCAACAACUGAAGAACACCUUUGACUUCAUCCAAAGGGUGCUUCUCUCACUUGGACAUAAAGCCCUAAAACCAAAAAUACAAUCACUCAAAAAUCUUCUGAUGCACUGAGUGAAUGUAAUCACAAUGUGAAUGUGAUUCAGUUAAAAUGGGAUUUUAUUUUUCAGAGUUGAGCUAUAUCUGCUGUUCAUUAUUGAUGUUAAGAUAAAUGUAAAGCUUUUUUGACUUGUGGGGUAACAACCUUUUUUGACUUGUGGGGCUACAAGCCAAAAAAGGUUGUUUUAACUGUUAGUUAAAAACUGUAUUGGAACCAGAACAAAUAUGAUGCAUGCAUUUCAUGUCACCUUUACUCAGUGGGUCGCCAGAAACGUCUCUGAGGGCCACCAUUGACCCACAGACUGUGCUUUUAAGAACCACCUGGACCCUAUUUUUCCAUGUGUGACAAAAAAGGUUAAAUUAUUAAACUU